AUGUUUACUGGCAAUGAGCGGAGACGCGAUGGCGAAUUGCUACAAGUCCGACGAACGCUGAGAGGAGGGGAAGAGGAGGAGGACGAGGACGUGGAGGAGGUGGGCAACAAUGGAGCAAGUACCGCUGGGAUUAUCAUGAAUGUCUCAAAAUCCGACUUGAAUGCUAAGCACAAAAAUCACCGUGAGAAGAAAGUUGUGAGGAUGCGGAACGAGGUCCAUAAAAUCGACUUUAUGACGAUUUCGAUAGUGUGA